CACCUUGGCGGAGGCAGAGCCAGGAGGAGGAGGAAGGGGAGGAAGGCAGCUCCCUUCGCCAUCUACCCAGGAAGCUGCCGCUUGCAACAGUAGCUGCGCAAUCCUCUGGCCUGGCCGGGCGCGCAUCAUCCAUCCAUCCACCCACCCACCCAACCACCCGUGGUGGCUUUUGCAGCAAGCCAGCCGGGCCAACGCCGUCCCUUUGGCAGGGCGCGCUCCGAAGCUGCGAGUCAAACGAGGGAGCGGGUCCCCGUUGCUUUGGUCCGGCUUGUGGGUGGGUGGGGGUGGGUGGGCGUGAUGGUCGGGUGAACGCCAGCCGGGCAGCCGUCCCCUCCUGCCACCGCUCGCCAUGGCUGCCAAGGAGGACUUGUACAGCCAAGUGGCCCCGUGGAGGAGCCGGCAGAGCCGGGCGGGGACCAUCAAGCGCGGCUCAUCGCUGGAGAUCCUGCUUUCCAUGGGUUUCCCUAAAGCUCGAGCACAGAAAGCUUUGGCAUCCACCGGAGGUCGAAGUGUGCAAGCAGCUUGUGACUGGCUCUUUUCCCAUGUCUGUGACCCCUUCCUCGAUGACCCUCUUCCUCGGGAAUACGUCCUCUACCUACGUCCCACCGGCCCGUUAGCACGGAAGCUGACCGACUUCUGGCAGCAGUCGAAACAGUUGUGUGGGAAAAACAAAGCCCACAACAUAUUUCCCCACAUCACACUCUGCCAAUUCUUUAUGUGUGAAGACAGCAAGGUGGACGCACUCUGUGAAGCCCUACAGGCUACAGUGACCCGGUGGAGAUGCAAAUUCCCUCUUCCUUUGCCUCUGGAACUCUAUACCUCAUCCAACUUCAUCGGUCUCUUCGUUAAGGAGGACUAUGCAGAGAUCCUGAAGAAAUUUGGGGCAGACUUUGCGGCGGAAGCCACCGCUAAAGCUGACGUGCACGUGGAACCCCACAAGAAGCAACUCCAUGUGACCCUGGCUUACCACUUCCAAGCCAACCACUUGGCCACCCUUGAGAAGUUGGCUCAGAGCAUCGAUGUCAAACUGGGCUGCGAUUGGGUAGCUACCAUCUUCUCCCGUGACAUUAGAUUUGCCAAUCAUGAGACCCUGCAAGUCAUCUAUCCCUACACCCCACAGAACGAUGACGAGCUCGAACUCGUGCCAGGAGACUUCAUCUUCAUGUCUCCUGUGGAACAAAUCACAACUAGCGAAGGCUGGAUUUAUGGUACAUCUUUUGCCACGGGCUGCUCAGGAUUGUUGCCAGAGAAUUAUAUCACCAAAGCCGAUGAAUGUGGCACUUGGGUUUACCAUGGGUCAUAUUCUAUUAUGAAUGCCACUAUUUCCUCGUCUCUCGUGAUGUUCGCUGAUGGGGUGAUGGAUCGGCGAUCCCAAGAGGAUCAAGGACCAGGGGAAACAGGGCCUCUCACAAUUUUCUGUCAGAGUAUGCAGCCCUUAAGGAUCUCCAACACACCUGGACCCCAGAAAAGAUGCCUGUUUGUUUGUCGCCAUGGAGAAAGAAUGGAUGUCGUGUUUGGAAAAUAUUGGCUCUCGCAAUGUUUUGAUACCAAAGGAAGAUACAUCCGCACAAAUCUGAAUAUGCCUCACAACUUGCCUCAACGGAGCGGUGGUUUUAGGGAGUAUGAAAAGGAUGCCCCUAUCACGGUGUUGGGAUGCACGCAAGCCCGGCUUGUCGGCGAGGCUCUUCUUGAAAGCAACACUGUCAUUCACCACAUCUAUUGUUCUCCAUCGCUGCGCUGUGUGCAGACCGCACAUCAUAUCCUGAAAGGCUUGCAACAAGAAAAUAACCUGAAGAUUCGAGUUGAGCCAGGCUUAUUUGAAUGGACCAAAUGGGUAUCAGGAAAUUCUCUGCCAGCCUGGAUCCCACCCCCGGAUUUAGCUGCAGCCAGUUUGAGUGUCGAUACAACAUACAGACCUCAUUUAGCCGUGAACAAAUUAGGAAUUUCUGAAUCGUAUGAAACCUACAUCAGCAGAAGCUUCCAGGUCACCAAGGAAAUUCUAAGUGAAUGCAAAGCUAAAGGGAAUAACAUUUUGAUUGUUGCGCACGCAUCCUCCCUGGAGGCCUGUACUUGCCAGCUACAAGGACUGUCACCGCAGAAUUCGAAGGAUUUUGUCCAGAUGGUCCGGAAGAUUCCCUACCUGGGCUUCUGCUGUUGCGAAGAACUCGGAGAUACUGGACUUUGGCAACUGACUGAUCCACCCAUCCUGCCGCUCACUCAUGGACCAACCGGUGGAUUUAACUGGAGAGAAACUCUACUCCAAGAAUAAGGCCAAAAGGGCGGAUGGGGGGAAAGUCAGAAGGACAGGGGAAAAAAGUUUCUUAAAAACUGGAGCACGCCUCUCACUUCCUCAAAAGGUUUUUUUUUUUAAACAAACAAACAAACAAAAAACCAACAACAGAAAAUAUUGAUGGUGGAGAAAAUUACUCGUAGCCCUGGAAAUGGCUUCACCGAACGGCACUUCUAGGGGAGGGAGGAAAAAAAUGAGCAAAUAUAGCAUCUGCUUGGAUUGUGGGAAAAAAUAUAACGUUAUUCCAACUGAUUUUCAUUCUUUGUCUCUUCAGUCUCCUGUCCAGCAGAUAAGGCUCUCUUAAUGUAAGCCAUUGAGUUUUAAUGUAUAUCUCUAUGUAUGUAUUUAUGUGUAUAUAUAUAUAUGUAUGUAUAAAUAUAUAAUUUCCAGAAUUUUUUUUAAAUUUGGAAUUAAGGUCUAAGGAAGGAAAACUUGUUUUCACUGCCUUCUGUAUAAUCGUUAGCAACGAAGUCGUAAACUGUGGAUUUCAUUUCAUAUUAGUUUGGUUUUUUUUUAAUUUUUCUCGGAGUGCACCGUGCAAGUUUGUUCUGAGCCAUUUUGGAUCAAGGGCACUCCAACCAGAUUUUACUCAAUUAUUAUAUUAUUAUACAUAUAUAUAUAUAUCGAGCAAGAUUUCAUCCCCCAUAGGGAUGUGUUUCUGGAAAAAAAAAAAUAUUUUUCUGUGGAAGAAAAAGUUCAGGUCAAAACAGAGAAGGCUGCCUAACCUUAACAGUAUAUCUAAUUUUUCUAGCAUUGUCAGGACAGGGUUUAUGAACUGAUAUUUGAAAUGAACAAAAGGAAUCAGAAUGCAAAAAAAAAAAGGGGGGGGGAGAGAUUUUUGUACAGGGAAAACUUGUUUGCACACAAAAGAUGUCCAGGUAAUCUUUGACUUACAACCAGAACUGAGCCCCAAAGUUCUGUUCCUAAGCGAAACAUUAAGGGAGUUCCUCCCCCGUUUCAUGACCGUUCUUGCCACAAUUAAGUGAAUCACUGCCAUUGUUCAGUUAGUAUCCUGGUUGUUAAGUAAAUCUGGCUCCCCCGUUGACUUUGCUUGUCAGAAGGUCGUAAAAGAGGAUCACGUAACUCCGGGGACAUUGCAACCAUCAAAAAUAGGAACCAUUUGAUUGCAUGGCCAUGGGGAUGCUGCAUUGGCCGUAAGUAUGGAAAAUGGUCGUUUGUCGUUAGUUGCGAAGUCAUGUCCGACCCAUCGCGACCCCCUCCAGGCCUUCCUGUCUUCUACCAUCCCCCGGAGACCAUUUAAACUCAAAAUGGUCAUAGGUCAGGGGUUUCUUUCUUUCAGCGCCGUUGCAACUGGGAAUGGUGACUGAACGAACGGUUGUAAGUCAGGGACAACCUACGUUAUCUCGCCAUACUUUAAAAAACCUCAAGUGAGACAAUUGUCUAGUUAAGAGACUGGAGAAACUCUGUACUUUAGUGGUAAUGAUGUAUUUCAACCAUGACCACCACCUCUUGAUGUUACGAGUCAACGGUGUUGAACCUACAACUCAAAGAUGGGACAGGUUGCGGUUUUGUGGCCCUUAAAGCCAUCGUCUUCAACCCUCAUGAGCCAGUUCUUCCGUGCACAUUUUUCUUUCUUUUUUUUUUUCAUAAAUAUUUCUCCGAAAAGUCACCAUUAAGUACUCUUUUCACCGAUCGGGCUUUUGCCUGCAGGACAAUGAUUCUUCCCUAGAAGCGUUUUAUUAUCCUCCUCCCCAUCCCCUCUCCAUUUUUUCCCCUUCCUUACUCUUUUCAUAACUUCACAACGAUUGGUAUCUGCAAAGGUUUGGAUGGUUCUUUUUGUAUAUUUGUCCUAACUGAUUUUUUGGGGGGGUCAAUUAGCAUUCAGAAUUCCUCGCACAAAGAAGCCACUGAAAGAAAAUGUUCUCACUUAGUGGCUGUUUGUUACCCAGAGCCGGUCCUAUCCUGAGGCAAAGGGACACAAGGGUCUUAGAUGGAAAGGCUUCCGUCUGUGACUUGGAGACACUAAGAGAAAAAGUCCUGCCUUGGAAGAUGAUCUAAACAUGGUUGCCACUGGAACAGCUCUUAAGAUUAAACCCGUGAAACGCUCAAGAUCUGAUCCUGGAUAUAUCUAGUCAUGCGAUUAAGCUGGAUGGUAAUCUUGAGUCUUCAAAAUAUUAUGAUGCCUCUUGGCUUUCCUGCUGUGAACUUGGGGGACCGGUAAUUAAAGAGGAGGAGGUCUAGUUGCUAACAGAACUAGACAAAUCUUAUUUAAUAACAACUUGAUAUAAGAGAGCUUGUAUCGUUAAAAAAUGCACCCAGAAAAUUUAAGUUCAGAAUUCAUAGAAAUGGAUGGGUGGGUGUUGUCUUUAAGAUUCAGGUGGGUCUGUUUCUCAGUGCCAUUUUAAGGUUAUGUUGUUUAAACGCUACGUUGAAUUGAUAAACAAUUGGUUUAUCAAAUGGUUUGAAAAGCAUGAUAUUUUUCAUCCGUUUAGGCAGCUUCAACGUACAGCUUUUACUUUCAACUACAAUCAAAAGGCCAGUAUAAAACCUUCAAGGAAGUAUUAUUAUUAUUAUUUUGGGUGUCUGGUUGGGACGACAAGUAUCUUAAAAUAGUUUCACCAGACAUGACGUUGGCCCCCAGCAGAUACAGCCUCUUACAAAUAAGUUACGCCAACGCUAAACUUGGUUAACUAUGGUUCAUUCAUUACCAGUAUUCCUCAACUUACGAGCACAAUUGGGAGCAGAUCCUCUGUUGCUAAGCAAUGCAGUUGUUUAGUGAGCCGCGGCCAGUUUUAUGGUUUUUUUUCCUGCAGUGGUUAAGUGAAUACCAUGGUCGUUGAGCGAACUCAACUCCCCCCAUUGACUUCGCUUGUCAGAAGACCCCUGGGAAGGUCACAAAGGGCCAUCACAUGACCCCAGAUGUUGCAACCGUCAUAAAUAUAUGCCGGUUGCCGAGCGCCCAAAUUUUGAUCAUGUGACCCGGGGUGGGGUGGGGGGGAGGACGAGUUGUAAGUCAUUUUGUCAGCACUCCCUACGGUUGCUAAACGAAUGGUUGUAAGUUCAGAGACAACCUACAUUCCUUAGUGCUACGAGUGGCUUAAAUGCAGGGGUGAAAUCUACUUACCUUCCUUACCGGUUCUGAAGUGCGCGCACCAUCAUCACAUCCGAUUUGGGACCCUCUGCGCAUGCGCAAAGCCUUCUGCACAUGCGCAGAGGGUCAAAAACAGGUUACUUCCUGGUUAAAACCAGGAAGUAACAAUGUCCGGGUGGGUGGGCGGAGCCUCAUGUUUCCGCCACUACCGGUUCACCCGAACUGGAGUGAACCGGUAGCAGUUGACCCCUGCUUAAAGGGUAGAACAAUCCGCUUCAAUUCCACCCGAAAUAUUGUUGCUACCCUAAAGUUACCAUCGAAACGGUGCUCCCUUUUAAUCCACGUACCAAAGUCAACCCAACUGCCAAGAUGAAUCUUUCUUCAACCGCGGUGGCGAUCGGGUCCCGUCGCCGCCGCCUUUACGACUGCACCUCCAAAGGCUCAAAGACUAGUUUAGGGUAGCACCGAGUCGGUUCUCUGGGCCCAAAGCUUACGCCUCCAAACCUUGUUUGUUUGGCACCUUCCUGAAUUCUGCCAAAGGGUGGGGCCGGCCAACGCCGAACAGAGCUGCUACCUGGCUGGGUUCGAAUAAAUAAUAAUGCCAUUUGCAUCUUACAUAUAUAUAUAUAUAUAUAUAUAGGAUAAGCUUUGCUUUUAAAAAAAUGGGAGCUUUCCGCCAAGGGUAGCAUAGGGCGCUACACCGAUCCCUAAAAGCUCCUUGUGUGCAAUAUGUAAAUUUACUUAAAUUAUGUACAUUCUAGCCAUGUCAAAGUAAGCAAGGCAUUUUGAAAAGUGUUAUUUUUAACCAGGGAUGUACAGUGAAAAGUUGAGACGUUGCAACCGAGAACAGGAGAACAAUUGUAGGCCUUGUAUUACGCAGUUGGUUGCUGCUAGUAUUUUUGGGAAUGUAUACAUAUGUGUAUAGACACACACACACCUGUAAAUACAUACAUACAUGUAUGUAUGUAUGUAUGUAAUUUAAAAUAUUUUUGGCUAUGUACAGAUAUUCUAAAAACGAACCGAGAAUCUAGCUUCUUCUUCAGGCUGGUUUUUCUGGAAGAGUCUUUGCGAUCUUUGAACCGUGUUUGACAAUCAACGCCGACUUAUUGUUGACUGAUAAUGUAUUUAAUUGGGGCGGGAAUUGUUUUUCUUUUUCUUUUUUUGCACUGACAGCUUGCAGGUUGUUUAUACUUAAUGAUGUACUGUACAAGAAAGAAAGAAAGAAAGAAAGAAAGAAAGAAAGAAAGAAAGAAAGAAAGAAAGAAAGAAAGAAAGAAAGAAAGAAAGAAAGAAAGAAAGAAAGAAAAUGUUUGAAUAGCAUUCACCCCAAAGUAGGUUUAAUCUUUAAUG